AUGUCUGCGCCUACCAGCCCUAUUAUACCCUCUUAUUUCUCUAACCUUCCCGUUUCAGGUAUACAAUGGACUACUCCAUUCGUUCGUAGACAUCCUAUGUUCAACCCUGAGCGGUCAAAACUGGCUUUGGCUCAUGAAUAUUGCUCAAAGAUGGAGAUGUGGAAGACCUUCCAUCAGGAGGUUAAGAGUGCCGGGAUGGAAUUCGAGACGUCUAGGAGGAAGAGGAGCAGGAAACCUCGUCUUAAUUCUGGACCUGUCGCUCAGAAUGCCGUACUGACCACUGUUACACUUGAUAGACUCCAUGAAGGCCAACGAGCUGAGAUGGGAUAUGCUCCAGGAUCUACUGACGACGAGACUGACGAAGACGAGACGCAACUAGAGCACCUUUUCAAUUAUAUCGUCAUCCGAGACUCAAAGGACCCAAAGGUGAUCGAUGCGACGGAGGACGUACCAUCAAAGUCGGACAAAAAAAUGAAGCGGCAGGGCGUCAUAUACGACAGCCCUCCCCCAUUCGUCCUCCACUCCAUUGAAAAUCAACUAACAGCGCCCACUGACAAGCGAUCGAGACGCCACGGAGUCAUUUUUGACACCCCUCCCCAGUUCUAA